GGGAGAGAUCCCGCUGUGCCGCUGAGCCACUCGUGGUCCCAACCUGCCAAGAAACAGGGGGUCGGGCAGCGCGCAGGUGCUUCUGGGAGUUGUAGUUCCUGGAUUUGCCCAGCAAAAUGUCACGCAUGCGCGACUCAGAGCUAAGCGGAGAAGUUCGUAGCCUUUGUCAGGCCUGGGAUGGGAGGUCCCACGUGAUCUGAGCGACACUCUCUACAGAGCCCAAGAGGGAAGAAGUCCUUCGAGGCUCCGUGGACUGCUGACUGCGCGAGAAGAGCAGGACCUUAGGGGCAUGGAAGAGGUGGUGAUCAUGGAGACGGGUUUGGCCGAAGUGCCUCAGAAAAGAGCUCUGUCUUCCCCGGAUUCUCUCCUUUCCCACGAGAAGAGUGCAGAAGGAGACGUGGCUGCUCUGAGACUCACUGUCAGAUCCCAGGAAGCCAUGACAUUCAAGGAUGUGGCCAUGGACUUUACGCCAGAGGAGUGGGGGAAGCUGGAUCCUGCACACAGGGCCGUGAUGCUGGAGAACUACAGGAACCUGGUCUCGCUCUGGCUUCCCAUUUCCAAACCCGAUAACUAUAAUUCGGAAGAUGGAAAAGAACUGUCGAAGCUUGAGAAGUCUCCCAAGUGCAGUGACUCAGGACAGCCACCCUUUCAGAAAGCAGAAGCAGAGAUGGCUGCUGGGAUGUUUGCAAUUGGACCCCUGACUUGGAGAGAGACCAAAUCUGCAACUAAGGAUGCUGUGCUAUCAGAGAACGGCUUUGGAAAAGAUUUAUCACAGAAGAUCGCUGUACUGGGGGAGAAAGGCCUAUGGGGCUCCAGAAUGGAAGGCCUGAGAAGUGGAAUGGCAGGAUAUGAAGACUGUGAAAUAUUCAAGAGCAUCACCCGAGUCAGAGACUAGUAAGGAGGGAGAAGAAGCAAGCUGCUCUAAGGGGCUCCAGACUUGAAGCUUCUCUUUUCCCAGAACCAGGAAUUGUCACAGAAGGACCUGGCCAACAACGCCGAACACAUGAGGGAAUCUCCACGAAGAAUUUACAUUUGAUUGCAGAUACCCAUUUGGGGGAGGUAAUCGUCAAGGAUACAGAAGACAGAAAAAUUAUAAGGCAGACUUCAUCAUUUAUUUUGAGGGAAAAAAAUCCCAGUACUGAAAAAUAAAAAACCCUAUAGAUGUAGGCACAUGUGAAAGGGCCUUUUGUUUGAAGGCACUGCUCAUUCAACAUGAAGAGGUCACAAUAAAGAGAAACUUUAUGAAUGUAAUGAAUUCGGAAAGGCCUUCUUUGCGUCUUCAUCGCUCACAGUACGUCAAAGGAUUCACACUAAGAAGAAACCUUGCUGCUGUAAUGUCUGUGGAAAAUCUUUCAGCCAGUGUGCCCACUUUAAUCAUCAUCAAAGAAUUCAAACUGGAGAGGGAGCCUACGCAUGCAUGCAAUGUGGGAAACCAAAACUUAGUGAUAAACCAAAACUUGUGCCGUAUCAGGAAACUCACCAAUGGUGAGAAGCCCUACAGAUGUGGCGACUGUGGGAAAGGCUUUCAGAAGUAAGUACUAUCUUAGUGUGCACCAGAGAACCCAGACCAAUGAGAAGCCAUACAGACGCAAUGAGUGUGGAAAAUCUUCCAAGGAUACCACAAUUUUUAAUGUUCUUCAAAGAAUCCAUACAGAAGAGAGACCCUGUGAAUGCUGUGACUGUGGAGAGGCUGUUCGUGUGUUCUCAUCCCUCAUUAAUACAUCAGCAUAUUCAUUUCUAGGAAGAAAACCCCCUACCUGUGUUCUGAAUGUAGGGAAUCCUUCAGAAUAAAAUCACAUUUAACUGUACAUCGGAGGGUUCAUACUGGGGAGAAGCCAUAUAAAUGUACUGACUAUGGGAGGGUAUUCAGCAAAGUGGCAAAUCUCGAGGCGAGUCAGAAAACUUCUACUGGAGUGAAGGCAAGGGCGUGCGCGGGUGUGUUAGUGUUAGUGUUGUGCGCGGAUGUGUUAGUGUUAGCGUUAGCAUUAGACACCCUUAUUCCACAUCAAAGAACCCACACUGGAGAAAGCCUUUAACACAUCUAGAAUGAAUGCCUUCUAAGUGGAACUGCAAAUGCCUGUGGCUUCUAAGAAGAUUGUAACCUAGUCAGCGCCCAGGAGGAAGUGCAAAUAAAAGCUAAUGAACCAAAUGGGUCUGCUUCACGGAGUUGGCAAAAGUUAACCUUCCUUUGAGGGUAGGCUUUAGGGAAGCCGCGUGCUCUUACUUAAAGGCUGUGUAGCGUAUGCUUCCACUAACAAACCAGCAAUUACAAACUAUUUAAUCACCCAUUCUCACUUGGGAGCCUGAUCCACAGAAAUAAAGCAUCAUCAAGCUUAAGAAUACAAAUAAAGAGACCUUUGUUGAAGUAUUCUGUAGGGCAGAAAAGAAGUCAGAACUAGAAAUGUCCAAUUAAAAGGAUAAUUUGGAACACCAGAGGUAACUUUUAGUAUACAGACAUGUUAAUUUCAAGUUUCCCCCAAUGUUUAUAAGUAACUUCUUGUUAUAAUAAAUGUAAAUAUAAGAUUUAUUUUUUAUUAUCAGAUGUACUCACACAAGUAACUAGAUUUACAUGAAAACACAUUCAGAAGAAAGGCUAUAAGUAUUAGUGAGGGGGGGCAUUUACUUCCCCUUCUGAAGACUUGGGUUUUAUUCCCAGUAUACACACGUCAGCUCACAACCUUUAUAAAUCCAUUUCAGGGGAUCCAACGCCUCCUUGCGUGUUGCACACAUGUGCUACCUAUACAUACAAACGGUCAAAAUAUAAAAAUAAGUAAUUUUUAAAGUAUCUGUGCAUGCAUGUUGGUUACUUUUCUGUUGCUGUGAUAAAGCACUGUGACCUAAGGAAGAAGAAGGGGGUGUGCCUGGGGCUCACAGUCCCAGGGAGCUAGGCCUUCAUACCAUCUUGGUGGUGUGCGUGAGGAUGCCCAAUAGACUUGUACAUUUGAAUGCCUCGUCCUCAAGUGGUGCAAAUGUUUUAGAAGGACUGGGACAGCCAGACCUACACAGAGAGACACUGUGUUUAAAAAACGAAAAGUGGCGGAAUGAAGGCCCACGGCCCUGGGGGCUGAGGCGCCCGCCGCCUGGGGAGGGCCGCGCGUCCUCAUGGAGGCCGGAGAGGAGCCGCUGCUCCUGGCUGAACUCAAGCCUGGGCGCCCCCACCAGUUCGACUGGAAGUCAAGCUGCUAGACCUGGAGCGUGGCCUUCUCGCCAGACAGUUCCUGGUUCGCCUGGUCUCAAGGACACUGCGUGGUCAAGCUGGUCCCCUGGCCCUUAGAGGAACAGUUCGUCCCUAAAGGAUUCGAAGUCAAGAGCCGAAGCAGCAAGAAUGACCCAAAAGGACGGGGCAGUCUGAAGGAGAAGACGCUGGAGUGUGGCCUGAUUGUGUGGGGGCUGGCCUUCAGCCCGUGGCCCUCUCCACCCAGCAGGAAACCCUGGGCACAUCACCAUCUCCAGGCGCCUGAUGUCUCUUGCCUGAUCCUGGCCACAGGUCUCAACGAUGGGCAGAUCAAAAUUUGGGAGGUACAGACAGGGCUCCUGCUUCUGAAUCAAAAAGAUGCCACCAAGACGGCGUGAGAGAUCUGAGCUUCGCGCCCAGCGGCAGUUUGAUUUUGGUCUCUGCAUCCCGGGAUAAGACGCUUCGCAUUUGGGACCUGAAUAAGCACGGUAAGCAGAUCCGGGUGUUAUCCGGCCAUCUGCAGUGGGUUUACUGCUGCUCCAUCUCCCCUGACUGUAGCAUGCUGUGCUCUGCAGCUGGGGAGAAGUCGGUCUUUCUGUGGAGCAUGCGGUCCUACACACUAAUCCAGAAACUAGAAGGCCACUAAAGCAGUGUUGUCUCCUGUGAUUUCUCUCCUGAUUCCGCCUUGCUUGUUACAGCGUCGUAUGACACCAGUGUGAUUAUGUGGGACCCCUACACCGAAGAAAGGUUGAGGUCACUUCAUCACACGCAGCUUGAACCCGCCAUGGAUGACAGUGACAUCCACAUGAGCUCCCUGAGGUCCGUGUGCUUCUCACCCGAAGGCUUGUAUCUUGCUACAGUGGCAGAUGACGGGCUGCUCAGGAUCUGGGCUCUGGAACUGACGGCUCCGGUUGUCUUUGCUCCGAUGACCAAUGAUCUUUGCUGCACAUUCUUCCCACACGGUGGAAUUAUUGCCACAGGGACGAGAGAUGGCCAUGUCCAGUUCUGGACAGCUCCCCGGGUCCUGUCCUCACUGAAGCACUUAUUCGGGAAAGCCCUCCGAAGUUUCCUGACAACGUAUCAAAUCCUAGCACUGCCAAUCCCCAAGAAGAUGAAAGAGUUCCUCACGUACAGGACUUUCUAGCAGUGCCGGCUCCCCCACCUCCUGCAGCAGCAGCAGUACAAGGGACUGGCUAGGAUGGAGUCAGGCAGCUCACACUGGACCAGUGUGGACCUUCCUUCCUCCCAUGGCAUGUGCAAGUAGGUCUGCGUGACCUCACUUCUGAGGUGCCGGCCUUACCUCGUCUUCAUCCGUGGUGAGCAGCCUUCGUCAGUCUAGUUGUGUUGAAGCCAAGUGCAGUUGUGGAUGUUGUUGGGGUAAUAAAGGCAAGCGGGCUCCAGAGCCUCUCUGGUGACAGCCAAGCCACACUCCCUUAACUGGGAAGUACCUGCCACGUAGGGCAUUUCUGCUGCCCAUUUCCAGCCAGCGGCUGCAUGGUUUGAAGUUCCUCCGUUGUGGUCAGAGGAACUCUGGUGUUUGGUUCCCUGCUCAGCUGCGCGUGGACUGGGCUGAGCUCCUCACCAUAUACUAAUGCCGGCUUUUAUUUCCUGUAAACAGUGGGUGCAUGUGUAGGAAGUGACAAGCGCGUAUUCAGAUCAUACGAGGAGGCGUUCCUCGGGGCAUGACGGUCAGAUGGCCAUUUAUCAGCAUAUUUAUUUGUAUUUUCUCAGCAGAUAGUAAGGUACAACUGUGUUUUCUCAAUUGUCUCGAAGAACCAGAGUUCUUAAGUGGCCCAGUUGUGGAGCCAAGUCUAAGUCGUGUGGAGUCAGUGCUGACAUCACUGGCUGUCUGUCACGUGUGUUUGUCUCUGCUGCUUGACCUCACGGGAUGUACCCUCCAGUUCAACUGCCCAAAACAGACAGCCCCUUCCAAGCACCGUUCUUUGACAGCAGUAGCAGCUACCUAUUCAAGUCGCCUCACACAAAAUCUGCCUUAGAAAGUUAAUAUAUUUUAAAUUAUUUUAAAAGAAA